AAUUAUCAGCUAAUUGUUUAACACUGUAAGGCUUAGAAGAUGUGUAGUAAGCUGCAGUUUUUCUAUAGAGUAAAAAUGAGGUUAGUGACUAUUUUCAAUCUAGCAAAGAAAAUUGGAAUAACAAUAUUUUUUAAUGACUUAUUUGAAUAGAAAUUUAUCUUAAGCAGUUAAAAUCUUUCAUCUCUGUGUUUUGUUUAAUUUCCUCAUUACACUGUUUGAUUUUGAUGGAUUAUUACCAUUACUAGAUUAUUAUACACAAUCACUCAACACAAAUAUACAUUUUUCCAAUUUUCGAAAUGUAAUACACAAUUUAAAGUUUGGCUUUACCUGACUCUUUGUGAUUAUUAGUCACCAAACCUACUUAUAGUGUUUUUCUAUGGAUUCAAAAUAUUAAAUGGUUGAUUAAAAUAUUACUUGGUUGUCUUAGAAAUGUUUUUGUUUAAUUUUAUUCAUUUAAUAAAUUGAAAUUUAAUUUAAAUGUGAUACUUGUAAAAUAAAUAUGUCUUGUAAUCAAGAUAUCGAAUGGGAGUAUAUACCCGUAGAAACAGCUGAUGAAGUUAUGCUGUGUGGAGAUGUGGCUGAGAGUAAACGUCUAAAAAAUUGGAAUAGAUGGCUUAAAAUAAGAAAACAACAGAAUAAAUACCUUGGUUUAAUGGUAUGUCGUAGACCUACGUCAUUGUUAAUGAAUGAAUCUGAUAAAUUCAGAUCCAAAGUUGAAUGUAAAUGGCUGGUUGAUGUAGCACUCAAGUUAAAAGUCAAUAAUGAAUAUCAUACAGAUUUCCCUUAUUCUGUCCAUAGAGAAAUAAAAAGAUUUACUAGUGUAUAUACACCAGAUGUAAUACGUACUGAAAAAGGAUUAUUGGGCAAUAGGAAAGAUGCUCGCUUUGAUUUGCCAACACCUAAUAAUGUGUUGAUUUAUAAUGAAUUAAAUACUUUAAAAAGUUUAAUACCUUUUAAAAAUCCUAAAAAAUUAGCUAUUAUUGGGGAAAGUAUUCUUAAAAAAGCUAUGAAAGACAAGCUUGAUUAUAAAGGUACUAUUCCAUCAAUUCAUGUUGAGCCUGCUCAUGAGAAAAAUAAUUAUUGUAAUAUUCCACUAAUUGUCGUUAAAGUAAAUGAUUAUAUAAUAAAAUCAAUUGAUGACAGCACUAAAUGCAUGACGUUUAAGUUAAAAACAAAAUCAAAACCGAUUAAUAUUGUAAAAAUAAAUGAAGAUUCUUGGGAUGAGAUAAUUGUAGAAAACUGCGGUCAAAUAAGUAUUUACUAUAAAUGGAAGAAAGAAGAAUGUACUACUACAAAAUAUGAUUCUAUUUUAAAAGAAAAACCAAAAGAAUGUUUUUUUUUUGACACUAGGACCAAUAUUUUGGGUCCUGGUCAAAUCCAACGUUUAACAGUUUUAUUCAGACCUACACAAACUGGGCCUCACAGAGAAAUAUGGUUUAUACAAUUACAUAUUUUAGGAAGAUUAGAUCAUAUAGCUAGAAUCAAUGUACCUUUACAAGGCUGUGCUACUCACAGUGUAGACAACAUGUCAUCUAUAAUUAAACUGCAAAAUACUAUAUUAUCUGAGAGAUUUAAUGGACUAUAUGCUAAACCAAUCAACAAAGAUCGUGAAAAUGUAUUUUUGGAAAACAAUUCUUCUUUCAUUAAAAAAUAUCACUACCAUGAUGAAAAGAUGAAAUAUCUUUACCACAUAUUACAAACAGAGGACACUAAGGAUAUUGAAGAACUUCUAAACCAGUGUAUGCAACUAAAACAAUCGCUCAAAGAAAAAUGCUUAGAUUUAAUAAGUCAGACAGCUGUAACAUUGUUAAAAAAGGAAAUUUUUUUUGAACAUAGUCAGAUGAGUCAACAUGAAUUAAACGCACAUAAGACCAUGUAUAUAACAAUGGAUUGUAUUGAUUUGAUAUUGAGUACUUACGAACCUGAUCAUUAUGAAGUCUGUCAAGAACUCUAUAGCAAAUUUGGUGAAAAUAAACUGAAAUCAGUGAAAUUUUCAGGUUAUCUUAUUAAAUUUAAAAUAAUCUAAUUUCACUAUAUUUAUAACCUUUUUUGUGGUGAUAUAAUAGUUUGUUGAUAUUGUAUUUCGUCAUUUAGGUAUUUCCAAAAAAAAUUUCGUUGAUUUUCUAGAUAAGGAAGAAUAACUGUAAUCAUAGAAUAUUCUAUGCUGUAAUAGACACCAUUAUAUUGUCAUUAAUAUGCUAUAUUUAUUUAAUUUAUAAAAUUUCAUAAUAAUAGA